CGCUGCUUGAACGUGAAAGAGAUUGUAUUUACGUUGCAUUUAAUAAAAAUAUAAUAUUGUAAAUAAACACUGCAUUAUGAGUGAUAGCGAAAAUUCCACUAACAAGAGGAAAAAAGGUGUAAGAAAUACAGAAGAGUACAAAUAUUUAAAAAUUAAGAAAAGCAGAUUAUCUGGAAAUCCAUACAAAAAUUACCGAGGCAAUAUUGUUCCAGGAAAGGCGAUAGGACAGUCUUGCAAGUGCAAAUUUAAAUGCUUCGAAAAUAUUUCUGAAACAGAGAGAAUUGCUAUUAUGAACAAGUUCCGUUCCUUCGAAACAAAAAAUGAACAGGAUAUCUACCUACAAGGUUUAAUGUUACCACAACCUAUUAAUAAAAGACGUCCACGUAAAGAACAAGCUUCAUUGAGAGCUUCGUCUUUUAAAUAUUUUGUCAAUGUUCAAGCAGAGCGACGGCAGGUUUGUAAAACUGCCUUUUUAAGCUUGCAUAGCGUUAGUUCUAAGGCCAUUCAAAGACUUCAAACUCUUCUUAACCUUGGAAAAUCACCAAAAGAUUUAAGAGGUAAGCAAAACAACAGAAAAAUCAUACCUGGCAACAUAAUUCAAAUUGUUCGAGAGCACAUAUCUUCUUUCCCUGUUAAACAAAGUCACUAUUCUUCUAGGGAAUAUAAUUACCUUGAUGCUAGACUGAACGUGAAAAUUAUGCAUAAUUUAUUUAAAGAAAAAUAUUCUGCAACAAAUGUAAAAUACUCCCCCUAUUAUAAAAUUUUUAAGGAACAUUUUGAUUACAAAUUUGGAAGACCACAAGUGGAUACGUGCUGCCAAUGUGAAGAGCUCAAUAUAAAAGCAACAAGUUCAAGUUUAAAUGAAACAGCUAAGCGAGCUGCACUGGCGGAACUUAUGGUACAUAAAAGACGCACUAAAAAAUUUAACAAUAGCAUUCAGGUUACCGAAAAAGUGUGCUCAGAAAAUGACUCUGUGCUCGGACUUUGUUUUGACUACAUGCAGAACAUUUCACUGCCAUCAAUUCCCGUUCAAGACAUCUUUUACUUCCGGCAACUGUCUGUAUUUCCAUUCAGUAUACACAACUUAAAAAAUAAAUCGGCACAGUUUUUUUUAUAUCAAGAAGGUGUAGCUAAGAAGGGCCCAAAUGAGACAUGUUCUUUUAUCUUAAAAUAUUUAAAGCAAAAUGUACCCUCUUCAGUAAAGGAGCUUCAUCUUUAUAGUGACGGUUAUGGUGGCCAAAACAAGAACAAUGUCAUGAUCAGGUUUUGUCUUGCCCUUACAGAUACUGGAAUGUUUGAAAAAGUAGUUCACAAAUUUCCGAUCCGUGGACACUCUUUCUUACCGUGCGAUCGUGAUUUUGGUUUGGUUAAACGCAAAUUAAAUCGGAUUGAUAAAAUUUACACACCCAAACAAGUUUGCGAAGUUAUUUGCAACUCCGCAAAAGGACACAAAUUCACUGUUGAAAUGGUCAAUGGAGAAGAUGUUGUAGAUUUUAAGAACUGGUGGUCUAAGCACUAUAAAAAAACUUGUCUUUCGAUAGAAAGUAGUGGUAGAUCUAUUGCACGCGCUCAAAAGGAAUCAUUUGCGGUUUCUAGUUUUAUGGAGUUCCGAUAUGACCAUACAAGAAAAGGCAUUGUUGAGGCCCUUAAAUUUAUUGAUGGGAUUCAAACAAGCUCCUUUAUUCUAAGAAAUACAAACACCGAUGCGGUAAGCUUACCAAUUCAAAAAGCUUAUGGAGAGGAAAAAAUUCCAAUUAAUAUUAAGAAAAUGAACGACAUUAAAAAAGUAAUAAAGUACAUACCUGAGGAGUUUGAAGAUUUCUAUAAUACACUACAAGAAUGGCCAACUACAGAAGCCGACAUGGAAGACUAA